AUGAGUAGAUUUGCUGUUUUAAAGUCAUCAGGAAGUGAAGAUGACGAAGCAGACAAUCCACUUCAAAUGCUUACACCCAAAUAUUCAAUUCAAAAAAUAUUAUCUUCAUUCAAACCCGCAUCAAUAUUACCAGCACCAACAGAGCUCAUGGCAUACGAAAAUGUAUACAUGAAAGAAGUUCAAAGUCUAGAAUGCAAUACAUUCAAACCACCAACAUCAGAAAUUAAUGUACCUUCUAGCGUAAUAAAUGGAAAAAUUACACCUAGAACAGCGCAGACAACUCAGAUUAAAAGACAGAUACGUGCAUCGCCAAAAGGAAAGAAAUUGGAUGCAACAAAACCAUUUUCUGAAGAAGAAUUGGCAACUUUAUGGUUUUAUAAAGAUCCAACUGGUCAAGUUCUUGGCCCUUAUCUUCCACAACAGAUGAGAACAUGGCUAGAUAAAAAAUACAUAUCAUUAUCACUCCCUGUUUGCCAGGGAACUGCAAAUGGACCAUUUAAACCAAUAUCUUCUUUAUUUUCAGAUCAGAAUUCAGCAUUCCAAGAGCGGAAAUACAAUCAAACACAAGUAGAAAUACAGAAACCUGCUUAUAUCGAACCACGGCGUCAAGAGAAGAAAUUAUCUACUUUAUUCUCAUUUUCAAUAGAUGAAAAGGAGGAUGAUUUGUUAGAAUGUUGGGAAAAGACAGAUUCGUUGAAUUUUAAGUAA